AUGGGUGGGACAUUGCGGGACAAGUUAAAAACAGGUGAAUCUAAGAAACAUGAAUCUUUUGUCAGACAACCUCGUAUACCGAACCCCAAAAUUAUUAGCGGUACGGGAAUAAAUAUUCAAACCUGGCAUAUGGUUGAGUGCAAUGAAGUCUGUGAAUUACUCAAUGAAAAUAUCUACUAUGACGAUGAAGAACUAGCAACUACGGAAGAGCAAAAUGAUGAAGAUAUUUUACCCGAAAGAGAGGAAGUAAUUGAGGAGAUGAUUGAAGAAGAACAACAUGACCACGCACCUGUAAUAGUCGAGGGGGAACCCGAGGGUUAUAGUGAACCUGAGGGUUGUGAAGAAAAUACUAAUGAAUUAGACGAAGAAGCCAUAAACGUGUUUAUCCUGCAAUUAUUUCAAUUAAAAAAACAAAAUCUUUUGAAGAAAAAAGAAAGCAAACUUAUUCCUAGCGUAAAUAAAUUUUUGAAAUUAGAUUUUGAACAGAAAGGUGAACAAAUUACACCUACGGUGACAAAGAAUUUAUUACAUAUUUGUGAAUUAAUAUUAACGAAUAAAAUUGAUGUCACUGUGUCACCAGGUGAUCAAGAGGUUCUGGAAUAUAUUGUAGAUAAAGAUACACUGGUGAAGGAUAUAAAAUUCACAUUUGUUGAAGAUUUCCGCAUACAAGGUUAUAUUCGCAAAGCAGUUCGGAAAUUGGAGGAAAUAAAACAGCACAAGCAUAAAAAACAAAAUGGGCGAAAACGUCCGAUAGUUAACGUUAAUUGACGCAGAAAAAUUUAAUUCACUCAUGGACCUUUUUACAAACUAAUACGGCUAGACAAAAAAUAUUCGACGAUGCAACACGUACACCUGAAGCAGCGGGUCUUAUUGAAAGUCAUGCUACAGCCGUCAAUUCUGUAAAAAGUAAGUCUACGUUGGCCGGCAGGGACAUUAUUAAUUAUCUAAGAAAAAAAGAUAAUUAUCAAAAGUCUUUAGCAACACCUACUGAUGAUGACGCUGUUGAUCCACCACCAGCACAACCCCAAGCUACGCCAAAAGUAGGCACAAUUGCGUCCGCCGAAAAACUAAUUAAUGCACAUUUUAAAGCGAAGGGUAUUAUACCCUCCGAAGAUGGAAUUAAAAUUGGUGAUGCCACUCUAGGAAUAUCCUAUAACGAUGUGGUGAUGGAUUUAACACACAAUUUUACACGGACACAACCCAGUUUAACAAUUGCCGAUAGAAAACGUGUCCUAUUACUUCUCAAAAAAAGUAAAAUGCCCGUUUCAUAUGUGCGAAAUAGAAAAUUAAAAGAAGAAUAUAAAGUAUUAUUGGGUGGUGAACAAACAAAGAGUAUGAUACCGGUACCGAAAAGAGUAAGAGGAGCAACAUUACCCACAUUGCACCAUUGUUGUUACAACAGCCGCCGUGGCCUAAAUCAAAAUACUGACGUACACAAAGUUACCUAG